AUGGUGGCCAUCGAUCUCACGCCACUCUCCGUAGCCGACGCGCCGCCAGUCACAAAACGUCCAGAACUGCACUUGGACUCGCAGACGCUGGACGAGCUCUUCGCGCCCGAGCUGUGGUCGGCGCUGGCGCCGGGUCUGGACGGCGCCGACGCCGACGCGGCACCGUUCGAGGUCGCGGCGGGCGAUGGUGAAAAACUCCGUGCUGCACUCGCGGCUGACGGCUUCGUCGCCGUCGAGCGACCGCCGCCGUGGUGCGUCGACGUGUCGCGGCUAGCGCGAGCCGCAGCUUCCUUGGCGGCGCACGGCUUCCCGCCAGGCUUCCUAUUGGCCUACGAGGCGUCGUGGCGGCUCCAGGCGCAACUCGCGACGGUAAUCUCCACGGCGACGGGCGGCAACGUCGCGACCGGCGACGCCAUCGCGUUCCGCGUCGAGCCCGGCGCGAGCGGCUUCGGGCCACACCGCGACCGGCAACCCGAGGACGCAGCGACGACGUUUCGGGAGGACGACGCGCCACGGUCGAACGUCGCCUGGGUCGCUUUGUCGCGAGCGACGCCGGCGAACGGCUGCAUGUACGUCGUUCCACGGCGCGGCGACAGGGCGUAUGCCGAGGGCGGCGACGGUGCAGUGGCGGACCCGGUCGCCGCGGCGCUCGGCGCCGACGAGGCGUCGGGCGCGAAAGCGUGCUAUCAGAGGGUGCGCGCGUUGCCACUCGACGCGGGUGGGUUCCUGCUCCUCUCUCAUCGAGUCGUGCACUGGGGCGCGGCGGCGGCGCCGGACCACCGCGAGCCGCCGCGCGUCGCGCUGUCCUUCGGGUUCGCGGAUCCCGCGCUCGAGCCGUGCCUCUUCGUCGACGCGGCGAUGGCGCGCCGGCCGCCGCUCGACGCAAGAGUCGCACUGGCCGCGGCGCAGCAGGUAGUCUACGCGCGGAACGACAGCAAGCGGCGCAAGCACGACCUGGCGCUCUUCCAUCGAGUCUUCAAGGCGCGCCAGCACUACUUCACGGAGGCGUUCCGGCGCAAGGUGUCGGACCGAUACCAGUGGCUGACGUUCCUGCGGAAGGCGGGGGGGGGCUAA